GCCGAGCUGGCGGCGCUGACGCAGGCGUUCGGCGCCCUGGACGCCAGCCAGUGGAUGUCCCUCCACGAGGCCGUGAGCACCGAGCGCUUCGCCGACUGCGGGCUGCAGCUGGCCGACGGGCAGCAGCUUCGGGCGCACGGCGCCAUCGUCACCAGCCGGCGGCCCGAAGGAAAGGCCAACAUGGUGGCGUUGCAGUCUUAG